AUGGCUUCCUCCUCCUCGAACGUCGUGGGCGUCCACUACCGUGUGGGCAAGAAAAUCGGUGAAGGAUCCUUUGGUGUCAUUUUUGAGGGCACCAAUCUCCUGAACAACCAGCAGGUCGCCAUCAAAUUCGUACGCUUCCUUCCCCCUUCGUCGCAACGACCUCCCAGGCUGACCCAAAACAAGGAACCUCGAAAAAGCGAUGCACCCCAACUCCGCGAUGAGUACCGGACAUACAAGAUCCUGGUUGGAUGCCCGGGCAUUCCCAAUGUCUAUUACUUUGGACAGGAGGGUCUGCACAACAUCCUCGUCAUUGAUCUCCUCGGUCCUUCUCUUGAGGACCUCUUUGAUCACUGCAACCGCCGUUUCUCUACCAAGACCGUUGUGAUGGUUGCUAAGCAGAUGCUUUCCCGCGUUCAAACGAUCCAUGAGAAGAACCUCAUCUACCGAGACAUCAAGCCCGACAACUUCCUUAUUGGCCGACCAUCAACCAAGGCGGCCAACGUCAUUCACGUGGUUGAUUUUGGUAUGGCUAAGCAAUACCGCGAUCCCAAGACCAAACAACACAUCCCCUACCGUGAGCGUAAAUCUUUGUCCGGCACUGCUCGUUACAUGAGUAUCAACACGCAUCUGGGCCGUGAACAGUCUCGACGUGAUGACCUAGAAGCCCUCGGUCAUGUCUUCAUGUACUUCUUGAGGGGUGGCCUUCCUUGGCAGGGCCUGAAGGCCGCUACCAACAAGCAAAAGUAUGAGAAAAUCGGCGAGAAGAAGCAAACGACGGCGAUCAAAGACCUCUGUGAUAGUUAUCCAGAAGAAUUCAACAAGUAUCUGAGCUACGUGCGCAAUCUUGGUUUCGAGGAUACUCCUGACUACGAUUAUCUCCGUGAUAUCUUGACACAAGCUCUCAAGAACGCCGGUGAGGUUGAGGAUGGCGAGUACGACUGGAUGAACCUCAACAACGGUCGGGGCUGGGACUACAAAUCCUACUCGCCCCAGGCGCAUCUGCACAACCAGCACCAAAACUCAUCCGGUCGUGACCUCCACGCACGAGAGCUUCGCAACAGCCAACGUCCCGGCGUGACCGCCGAUCGUUUAAACGCUGCGCAGCCCCCGCCACCUUCUCCGGCAAAAGUUGGAGCGGGAAAGACGCGCGAUCGCUCAAGCGCCGGCGGCAUGCAACCCAAACGCCAGAGCGGGGGAAUGGAAGCAUCGACUCCGGCCGCGUCCACCCAGGCACAGUUCCAGAACUCCAACGCUCACCUCCCAGCUCGCCUCGGAAGCGCAGGCAAUCAAGGAUUGAGCAACCAACAACCUGCUCCUGGCACCAAUGACGAGCCACCCACUUUCACGCAGAAGUUGAUGAAAGCUCUCUGCUGCGGUAGGUGA